AUGGCGUACCACCAGCAACCGCAACAAUCCCGCUACGGCCAGUGCGAUUCGUACUUUGUCGAGUCUCAUGAUGAUGGCAUCUAUGCCAUGCGAGCAGAGGCCAGAGAACGCCAUCGCGCUGUUUCCAAGAUGCAACAACGAGCAAUCGCUGAGGAACUCUCAAGGCAGACCGCCGAUGAAUACCAAGAAGACAUUAUGCAACACAUGAUCCACAUGGAGUCACAGACUCUACCUGACGUCAACUCAAUCGACAUCCAGACAGAGAUCCAGUGGUUCAUGCGCCCAUACCUCCUUGACUUCUUAGUCGAAGCUCAUGCUGCUUUCCAGUUGUUGCCCGAGACCCUUUUCCUCGCUGUCAACCUUCUCGACCGCUACUGCUCUCGCCGUGUUGUCUACAAGCGUCAUUACCAGCUCGUUGGCUGCGCAGCCCUGCUCAUUGCCGCCAAGUACGGUGACAAGAAGGACCGUGUCCCGACCGUUCGGGAGCUGAAGUCCAUGUGCUGCUCGCUGUACGACGAUGAAAUGUUCACCCAGAUGGAGUGGCACGUUCUGCAAACUCUUAACUGGGUCAUUGGUCACACCACGGUAGAUGCCUUCCUCCAGAUCGCCCUGUCGGAGGCCCCCUACGAUGCUGAGGUUGAGCACAUGACUCUUUACAUCGCUGAGAUCGCUCUCUUCCACAAGGAGUUCGUCUCUACUCGUCCAUCUGUCCUUGCCCGAUCCGCCCUCGCCCUUGCGAGAUGUGUCCUGUCCCGACCUCAAGCACGCAACACAGAUUGGUCUGGUGCUUACGACCCCCAAACAGUCAUUGGUCUGUCCAACCAUCUCUACCAGCCAUCUCCGGUACUUUCCCGCAAGUAUGCCUCCAUGCAUCUGUCAACCGUAUCCGCCACCGUCGAGGAGUUCCUCCAGAGGCAAGCGCAGAUUGCGCGACGACAAGCCGCCCCGCCCACACCGCCACCGACCGUCACCGUCGAGGAGCCUAAGCCUGCCGUCACUGUGAACGCUUACGGACCCCAGACGCCCAACAAGAACCCAUACGGCUCUGUCAUGCACAAUGGAUGUCCCACACCGCCCAUCACACCGGAGGGCGAGCACUUUACCUACGGCCACGUCGUUAAGUCUCAGCCCACUUCGAUGUACCCCACGACUCCCACUCCGGAUCAUCCGGCGAACGCGCAACAUCAAGGUCAAUACUUCCACCAACAAUACCUCCAUCCCCAGCACGUCCAGUAA